AUGUUCCUCGGUCUGACUCGAGCCAAAGCUGCUGAGGUAUUGGCACGAGAUGGACCGAAUGCUCUAUCCCCGCCAAGGACUACCCCAGAAUGGAUCAAAUUUUGCAAGAAUCUCUUUGGAGGUUUUGCUCUCCUUCUCUGGUUUGCCCUUGUCCAUCGUGACGGCCAGAAGCAACAAAUCCGAACGGAAGAGCUUGUCGUUGGUGAUAUCGUCGAA